AGUUUUGUGGAUCUGGUCCCACUCCACUCGCGCUCUCUCCGCCUCUCUGGUCUCUCGCUCUCAUCCCCUCCCAAACCUCCACCGCCAGCCGCUCCCGGCGGUUGUUUCGGUUCUAGUUCCGUUCCGACGGGGUCGUCAUCGGUGUCGACGAGGCGCGCCGAUCGACUUGUGAUCCCGCGGGAAGGUUCGGCGGAUCGGCUACCCCACUCCAGCGCAGCACGGUCGCGGGGGAGGCGCACGGAUGGCGGUCCGCGGCCUCCUCCUCCUCAACAGUCGCAGCUACUCCGGCUCCUCCUUCGCCGCCGCCGAGGACAUGGUCAUCUCCUCCCUCCGCCUCCUCCCUUCCACUCCCCUUGCCAAUCCACCUCCACUCCCCACUCAUCCCCAAUGCAUCGACCUCCCUCCAGACCCCCGUCCACCACCUCCGCCGCCGCCUACCGCCCUGCUUCUCUCCGCCGCCGACCGCCUCCGCGGGGUCUUCCUCCGCAAGACGCUGGGUCGCGCCUCGCUCCACCGGGCGCUCUCCUCCACGGGCCUCGAUGCCACCACCGCGCUCUCGCCGGAGGUUCUCGCCGAUGUCGUCAACGCCGGCGAUCUCGGCGGCGCUGCCACCGUCGCCUUCUUCGACUGGGCGGUCACCAAUUCCAAUCCGCGACCAUCCGUCCGCACCUGCAACAUCGUCAUCAGGGCAUUAGGGAGGAAGAAAUUCUUCGGUUUCAUUGACGAUGCCCUGCAGAUUAUGCGAAGAAAUAGCGUCUUCCCGGACCUGACCACACUGGAGAUCAUUUUGGAUAGCCUAAUUGCCGCCAGGCAUGUCAGCAGGGCUGUUGAAGUUCUCAGUACUGACCAAUUUGGAUUUGGAAUUGGGAGAUCUUGCUACAGAAAGGAAGCGCUUACUAUCCUCAUUGGUUGCCUUUGCCGGAGGUCACAUGUAGGCCUUGCCACUUCGCUCUUGCAAGCUGCUCGAAAGGAGUUACUUGGUCUCAAUAAACAUGUGUACAAUGAUGUGAUGGGUGGCUUGGCGAGGAUCGGGAGUGUUGAUAAGAUGCAGGAGAUCUGGACAAAGAUGCAGGAGGAUGGUCUGGUGCCAGAUGAGGUCUCACAUUGCCAUCUGAUUGAGGCCUUGGGUAGAGCAGGGCGGACUGAGGAUGCACUCAGGGUGUUUGAGAAUAUGGUGCAUGAGAGAUAUGGUCCAACUACAAUGGCCUACAAUGCACUUAUUUUCAAUUUUAUCUCCAUUGGGGAUUUAGACAUGUGCAUCAAGUACUACAAGGAUAUGUUGGACAAGAAUUGUCUGCCAAACAUCGACACAUAUGUCAAGAUGAUUACAGCCUUUCUGAAAGAGCGAAGGGUGGCUGAUGCACUCCAAAUGUAUGAGGACAUGUUGGCUCGAGGAGUUCUGCCAAAUACGGCGGUGAUAACAAAAUUUAUCGAGCCAUUGUGUACAUUUGGACCGCCUCAUGCUGCUUUGAUGAUUUACAAAAAGAGUAGGAAGGCUGGUUGUGUAAUAUCCUUGAAAGCUUACAAGCUUUUGCUUGAAAGGCUUGCUAAAUUUGGGAAGAUUGGAAGUGUUUUGAACAUAUGGGAAGAGAUGCAAGAGUGUGGAUAUCAACCUGAUAAAGAGAUUUAUGAGUUUAUUGUAAAUGGGCUUUGCAAUGUGGGCAAGGUUGAUGCGGCUGUGUCUGUGGUGGAGGAAUCACUUCGGAAUGGCUUCUGUCUUGGGAGAAUUGUUUACAGCAAACUGAACAACAAGCUGUUAGAAAUGGACAAAGUUGAGACAGCAUAUAAUCUGUUCAAGAAAGUCAAAGAUGCACGAGCACUUACUAACUCACGCAAUUAUUGUCGUGCUAAUGGUUGGCAUUCCUGAAUCCUGCCUCCUGAGCAUAAUCAGUUUGUGUUGGAAUGGUAUAUCUUUGCUAUUCCGCUGGCUGAUGACUGGUGAGAGGCAGAGAGCAGUUUCAUAUGCCUUUCUGUCACAAACAUGAUGAAGCUAAACUCUUAAGUUAAUGCGGUGAAAGGUCCAAGGCUCUAAAGUUCAAAGGAAAAAGACAGCUGGAAUCUCAAUGUGAGAACUUGGUCCCGCAGGAAAUUGCAGAGGAAGCAGCAUACUGUUUCUGAGAAGUUACUGCAGGUUCGAAAGCACAUCAGUGAUUUAGUCUAAGUAUUUUCUCUUCUCGUCAAGCCUUUUCUUUUUGUUAUGGAGGAUAUAUUUCUACUUUUUUGGUCGCUUACUUCUCAACAACAUUUGGGUAAAUAUUUCAUGGACUCUAGUCUCUAUACAUUGUGUAGUGCGUACUGACAGACCUGACAGACUAGCUGAAAUGAUGUAUGCUAGUGUUAUGGGCAGUUGGCUAGACUGAUUGGGCUGGGUUGGUUAGAGAUAAGAUUAGAUAUCUUGCUUAGGAGUCAAGUAAGCCUCUCUAUAGACGGAGAUGACGUAUCAAUGAAAGGCAAGUUACAGGAUAAGAGCUUGGUUAGAAUAUUUUACGCAUCUUGUUGGACAGGCUAAGAGCUGUUUUUAUUUUGCAUUAGUGAUCGUGGUGUGCCUUAAUAUGUGACAGAAAAAUUAAGUAAAGACUGAGAAGUGCCAUGUUACAGGAUUGAAGAUUAUUUUCCUUCAAGUAAUUUUAGUAUCCUGUAAGGAAAAUCUGUACAUUUUCACCUGUAAAUGUAAGUAUAGUCUCAAUGAACUAAUGCAUGUUAUCGUCUUCUGCAAAAAAAAAUAUAAAUAGAAGCUCUCUGUCAUAA